AUGACCAGAAGAGUGAGUUUCAGCCCGGACGUGGACGACAUGCCGUCGCCACCGCCGCUAUACCUCACCAACCACGCCCGAGACAACCUCCACACGCCGGAACCGAUGAUCAGAAUAUGGACUUUCCGGUCCCAAAAAAGCUCAGGUUUUUCCGCCAUGAGAUUUCUAGGCAGAAUCAAAGCCAAAUUCGCUAGAGCACUCGGUUUUGUUUCAUCUUCGCGUAAAUUGUCAUCGUCAUCAUCAACAUCUUCCUGUGAAUGCACCUUAAAAAGAUCAAGAUCAUACGUUGAAGCCUUCGAUUCUAAUCGAGCUCAAGCCAUUGAAGAUUGUAUUCAGUUCUUGAAUUCUUCUUCAACUUCCUCUUUUCAGAGGUCAAAAUCAGUUUCUUAUUGA